CACUGAUAUUAGACAAUACUUCAAGUCCCAUCAAUCUAGCAAUAUCACUGUACUCAUUCACCAGCCAUGGAAACGGUCGUCGUAGACUCGAUCCCCGAACUAUACUCUCUCAUUAACGACAUUUCAAACCUUCCUCCCAACCCUCCUCCGCUUUAUAUAAAUCUCGAAGGCAUUGAACUUGGCCGCCACGGUUCUGUUUCCACCAUGUCGCUCUGCGUCCCCGCGAAGAAGAAGAUCUACCAUAUAGACAUUCAUGUGCUCGGAAGUGCCGCGUUUACCACCACUACCUCAAGCGGCAAGUCGCUCAAGACAGUCCUUGAAUCUUCGACUAUUCCCAAAGUCUUUUUCGAUAUGCGCAAAGACUCAGAUGCCUUAUUCGCCCACUACCAGGUUUCUCUCGCCAGGGUCCAGGAUGUUCAGCUCAUGGAGCUUGCAACACGGAAAUACUCCAAGAAAUGGCUUGCCUCGCUGGUUAAAUGUACCGAGGACAGCACGAUCCCCACUGCCGUAAGAUCUUCAUGGCAGAACCACCAAACCUCUCUACGAAACGUUUCAUUCCUAUACCGGCGCCCGAUUCCAGCAGAAGUUGAACGCUACUGUAGUUUUCGUGUGUCCGUGCUUCCAGACCUUUGGAAAUUUUACGACACGAAGCUUCGUCCCGCAAACGAAACUUUCUGGAGGGAAAAGGUUGACCAAACAACCAAGGAACGUAUCCGCCUCUCUCAUAGUAUGGGAGCAAGCAUAGAAGCAACCACAACCGCGCAGGGGCCGUGGGAUCCAGAUGAAAUAGAAGAGGAAAUUGACGCGUGGAAUGAGGAAGUUAUGGAGAAUGCUCGCGAAGAGGCCGAGGAGGAAGCGCAACGGUUAGAGGAGGCAUUUGAAGCGUUCAAGGACGAGAUGGAACUUAGGGAAGAGGAGAUAAGUGACUGGGAAUCUGAUGGUGUGCAUUGCGAGGCAGAUGCGUGGUAGGCGGAGGCUCGCCUUAUGCGGUCCCCUAGUAAAGCUGUAUACGGCCCCCUUGUACGCGCAAGUCAGUUUUCUCAUAAUUUGCUGCCAGGGCGCUCGCUCAAGCCGUG